AGUUUCUCAGGACAUGGAAUUGGUACAUGUAGAUCUACGUGCAUAGAAAGUAUUAUUAGUAGAUAGCUGGACGUAGUAAUUAUUGGUUUUGAAGAGAUGUUUGUCCUACACCCAGAUAGUAGUUAGCAGGACAGAAUUGGCGUUCAAUUGUUGCUGUUGCCUUCGCGUCUACUUUCGUUGAAAUUUUUCGUGAAAGCACCUGUGGGUCCUUUACUUCUUCUGUAUCUUGAAGCUCACAUGUGUAAUGGCGAUGGAGAGUGUGUCAGGUGGACAGUUUGAUGACUGCGACAUCAUCAGAAAUGGUGACACGGUCAUUAUUCAACUCGAAAGCAAGAAGCAACAAGCACUGACGGUACGCGAUGGCGAAGUCCUUCAGACGACGUUCGGAGCUCUGCCGCACAACUCGUUGAUUGGCCGGCCGUAUGGCUGCAAGGUUCUGACCAUGAACGCGCGUGGCUACGUACACGCGUUACGCUUGACACCGGAACUCUGGACUAUCAACUUGACACAUCGCACACAAGUACUGUACGCACAUGACAUCAGCUUUAUCAUCACUAUGCUUCAGCUACAACCGGGGAAGGUGGUCUUCGAAUCAGGUACGGGUAGUGGUUCCUUGUCUCAUGCACUGAUCCGUGCGGUCAAGCCAACUGGUCAUCUCUUUACGUACGAGUUCCACAAGAAGCGUGCGGAGGAGGCAAGGAAAGAGUUUGAUAAUCACGGUAUCGGUGAGCAUGUCACCGUGACUUUCAACGAUGUGCUGAAGAAUGGCUACUUCCUGGAGAAUGUGGCUGAUGCAGUGGUGCUGGAUCUUCCCAUGUCUGAGAAGGCCAUUGUCCAUGCUCGCAAAGUCCUAAAGAAUGAGUGCGGCAGACUUUGCUCAUUCUCGCCUUGCAUUGAGCAGACCCAGCAGACGUGUGCUGCUCUGCAUUCCCAAGGUUUUCAUGAUAUCCAGACGUUCGAAUGCCUGUCCCGUGACCUGCAGCCUACAACGGUCUACUUGGCAGAGCCUAACUUCACGUGUUGCCGUCGUCUUGUCACUCGCUUGCCAGGAGAGAGGGCCACUGCCGGAGAUAGUAGCAGUGCUCAGAGUACAGAAGAUAGUGCUGCUCGUGGCCAGGUGGCCAUUGACAGUGAAGGCACAAGCAGAGCGUCAGCAUCUCAAUCCACACCCAGCACGGUGACCGUAGACGCAUCCGAGAACAGUACCAGUCAGAGCACUGCGUCGGCACAGUCAUCAUCUGCAUCCGAGAACAGUACCAGUCAGAGCACUGCGUCGGUACAGUCAUCAUCUGCAUGUUCCACUGACUUGGACUCUGGCACGCGGCAAGGCAAGCGAGGUCACGAGGAGGACCUGAUACCCGUGGCGAAGAGACCGGCUACAGGUGUCAGGUCGUCAUCUUCAGUGCAGCAGGUAGAUAGCACCAGUGAACCAGUGAGCCAUACAGUGGCAGGAGAGAAGGCUGCUGCUGGUGGUCAAGACUGUGCUACGUCAACGGUUACAGCGGAUGAUCCCCCGACUGCAGCAUCAUCCACCUUAGAGCUGACUACUACGCCAGCAGCAAGCAAGCCAGUGGCAAGCAGUGGUGGGGAGUCAGCAGGUAGCAAGCUCGGAGAAGGUCGUCUGCUUGCGUUGGAGUUGACGAAACUGAAGAUCAUGGACAACUCAAAACCGUCGUCAUUGUCAUCCAAUUCAAACGGUCAGAAUGAUGCUGGUCGAGGCCGAGGUCGGGGAAGGGGUCGCGGUGGCCAGGGCCGUGAUGGCGGCGGCCGGCAGAGCAGUACCACUCGCAGUCCUGGACUGGAACAGCAAUCCAAGAAAGAUUCAGCAGGCAACCAGCCAGAAGACUCUACCCCUUCUUCGAGCAUGGCAUCUAGUAGUGCCAGCAACGGGAAUGGGAAUGCUGGCGUUGCGAAUGCGGGGCCCAACAUGGCAGCAGUAUGCAGGACUGCGCUGUCUGCAGGUCGUGUUCCAGGCCAUACUGGGUACCUGACCUUUGCUACUCUCAGGAAGAGCCAGAUCCAGUGAUGGUCUCACCCAGCUGGAUGUGUGUGUGUGUGUGUGUGUGUGUGUGUGUGUGUGUGUGUGUGUGUGUGUGUGUGUGUGUGUGUGUGUGUGUGUGUGUGUGUGUGUGUGUUGCAAGCACUCACUUGUUUGAGUACGCCACCGGUACAUUGGUGAUGCACUCAUCCAUCCUCUCAUGGCUCAUGUUGAGCUUGCACAGCUGUUCAAGGAUUGGCAGGAGAGGAAGGCUCAUCCUAGUCCAUGUGCCUGCGCAAAAGGGAUGUCUGUAUUAAUCUGACACCGUCACUACUCUCGGCUACUGCCACCGUCGGCUACUGCUGCUGCGUCUGCUGGAGGACACGUUUACGUCAAGACGGCAGCCACUGGCAUGUGCCCCGCAAACACUCAGCCAGUAUCUUGCCAGCAUGGUUUGCCUGUGUGAAUGCGUGCCUGCGCGGCGCAGGCAUGCGCGUGCACCUGCGUUGAAGUGAGUACGCACUAGUCUGCUGCAAUCUGACCUGCUCCGUCGUGCAGCUCCCUCGUUCGAGAAUCGGGAAGAAAGUCGUUUGCCCGAGCAUCAUCAAGCCAUCAGAUCUUUUCCUGCGCUGGCUUCUACUUGGUGUUGAACUGGUGUUGAUAUUGAGCAGCUACAUGUAUUUCUCCUACAAGUACCGGUACAUACGAAUCUGUGCUGGGAUCAAUUAUUGAUAUUUUGAUAGAGAAAAAAAGAAGUCCAUGACAGCCCGGCGUUGCAGCUCUGGGGCGUGGUCACUGACCGCUGA